AUGAUGUUUCAACAGAAAAGUGGGCUGAACUGUUUUCAUGAUGCAGACUAUGAAACUUUCGAGGAACAGGACAAUGACGAUGACCACGAAUCUCCGUGUCCAUCGCCGACGGUCAGCAGAGACGACGUCGGCCGUAAAUUGAGUAAGAACAGGGGCGGCAGCUCGUCCUCGUCCGGUGGGCAGUUGAAGCGGCCACGACGCACUCGACGUAAAGUGGUGGCAGACGACAGUUCGGAUACGGUGUCUUCGCCAGCCAGUACUACGUCGAAGCAGAAGAUGUGUAGCGCGACGCUAUGUGCCGAGUUUGGCCUGAAUGACGUAGUGCUCGACUAUGACUCGAACGACUUCAACGGCAUUACCAACUAUAAGGCGUUCAACACCAAAGUGCGUCCGCUGCUGUUGGAGGUGAACCCAAAGAUCUCGAAGACGAGGCUAGUCACCGUCAUGGCCCUGAAGUGGAAGGAGUUUCAGGAGACGUUCGGCGCCCGCAGUCGGUCGUCGCAGUUACUAGCGACGUCCACGAAUGGCGCAGACACCUCUCGGACGCCUGUGCCCGGGUCGGGUGGUCCGGGUCCUGGUACCGCACCGCGGUCUUCUAGCGACAAGGAAGCGCGGGAAAAGAUCGUGGCACCGAUCAAAAUCAAACUGUCCACUCGACCGACAGGGCGAAAGCGCAAGAAAGACGCAAACGCAAGCUCGCUGUCGGACUGUCGCUUGACAACAAAGGAUCUCUCCGCCGUCGCCGCCGUCCGUAAGGUGCACGUCGGCCACUCGACCUCCCUUUCGUUAAAUGCCAAAGUUAUGCUGUGCGUUUUGCAGGAGGAAGAGACUCGUAAUCACGACAGCGAUGCCGAGUUCGAAGCAUUACUGGCAGAACACGAACUGGAGGCAGACCAGGUGGCUGUCGAAAAGAAAGGUACGAUGUGGUAUGUAUAG